AUGUUUGAUAUGCUGAGGGCGCGGUGUGCCGUUGCACCCCCGUUCUCGUCAUCCACCCAGCCCCGCAUGCUCGUCACCCACGGUCUCGCGCGGCGCCGCUUCUCGCGCCUGCCAUCCGCCCAGCACCGAACGCGAGCCGCCAACGCGGUCGCGCUCAGCGCCACUUCCAUCCCCCGCCCAACGCCGAUCCAUUCCCCCGCCCUUGCCGUCUGCGAGCCGCCAAUGCGGUCGCGAUCAGCGUAGCUUCCACCCCGUGCCCUCUUUCGCCCAGCACCGAACGCGAGCCGCCAACGCGGUCGCGCUCGGCGCAGCUUUCUUUCGCCCAACGCCAAGCGCGAGCCGCCAACGCGGUCGCGCUCAGCGUGGCUUCCAUCCCCCAUGCCCUCUUUCGCCUGACGCCGAGCGUUGGUCCCCCGCCCUUCUUCCACCCCCAUGCCCUCUUUCGCCCAACACCGAGCGCGAGCCGCCAACGCGGUCGUGCCCGGUGCAGCUUCCAUCCCCCGCCCUUGCUGUUUGCGAGCCGCCGUCCUCAUGCUGCACGCCGAUGCCGCCGCCGCCGCCGCCAGGGCCAGCAGCGAUAGCGCCAACCACCCCGGCCAUCAGCAUGCCCCAAGAGUGCCGCAACGCGCACGCUCCUCGUGCUGCACGCGCGCCGCCCCGUUCGACUGGGCAUCGUUUGCCAACGCGCCGUGCGGUCACGAAACGGGCGGGCAAUGCCCCGAGAGGCGUGCCAGCAGCGGGAUGCCCAACUUUGACCACCACCACGGAAGACACGCACCUCCCUCGUGCUGCACGAGCUCGCUGCCCCAUUCGACCGGGAUUGCUGGCCGAAGGCACUGUGCGGUCACGGAACAGGCGGGCAGUGCACCGAGAGGCAUGCCAGCGGCGGGAGACCGGACAAACAGGAGGCUUGGACCCCGACGGUGUGUGCGUGUCCCGCCUCACCCCUUGCGCAGCUCUCCCUCUCCGUCGUCCACCCACCAUGUCCGCUGCCGCCGCCGCCAGCGCCAGCCGGCAGAGGUAUCUUGACGCUGCAGCAGCGCCUCGGGCUUGCGGCGCAGAGCUCGCCCGGGAGCGAGUGGGCGGAAGACGACGUGCUCGACGGCUCGCCUGUCCCACCGGUGCCCGCUCUACCGCGCGAGUUCGCCGACAUGGAAGACGAGGAUGAAGAAGCGUUCGGCGGCGUGGAGGACUCGCCCCUGAGCAAACGCGAUAACCGGACGAGCGUGGACGGCAUGGAUCCCGCGUUCGCGAAUGUGCUCCGCCGCUCGGCCUCGGCCUCGUCGCUCCCGCAAAACCCGUCGCCACUCCGACAACAGACCCUCACAUCGUCCGUGCGCGGCCGCGGUGGAGGCACCGUCGGUCGCAGGCGCGGCGGCGCAGCGUUCCAAGAGGCGCGCCCGCCGAGCUUGGUAGGCGCACCUGAGGCGCUUGCGAUGGAGCUCGGUAUUGGCAUGGCGUCGCUCGAGGAGGAUCCGAAGCCGGAGAAGGAGUACGUCGACUUUGGCGCGCAGACGGAGGCGCCAGAGGAGGAUACGCUCGUUCUCGACAAGCAACUAGUUCCCGCGCCUGUUGCAGAGGAGCAGGUGGAGGCACCGGUGGUGCCGGUAGUGGAAAGGGCCGAGUUUGGCGUGCAGGUUGAUCCGGAACCGGUGCCCGCCCCGGUGCUGGUGCCGACCGUGGUGAGCCGCGAGUCGUCAAGCCAAACAGAGGUGCCGCCCGCGGUCGCCAAGGGCGAAAUGGGCAUCCAACACGAUCAGCCUGCCCUUGCCCCUCCACCCGUACUGCUGAGCGUGCCAAGUGUAGCGACGGUCGACAGCGAAACGCAAACGCCCGUAGUGCCUGGCGCGUUCAAGAACUUGGCGAACGCGGAAACUCAAACGCCCAUCGCCGCAAAGGACGAGCAGGCUGAAACGGACGAGUACGAGCGUUCGCGUCGAACGACCAUCACCCGCGCCGACCUGCCCAAGCUUGCACUCUUCGACCGGAGCGGUGAUACCACCAUCACUCGCCCUCAGAGCGAGCGCAUCGUGGAGCAAGCAACCGCUGAAUCCGAGUACGGUGACGACGGCACUGCGACCGAGACAGGGCCACUGUCCGACACCGAGCCGGAGACAGAGACAGAGAAUGAGCAGGAGGUAUGGACGGACGCGCGGCAGAGCGUGCUUCUCACCUCCGCUACUCAAAGCGAAUCCGGCGCGGACGACUUCCAGAGUAUCAUGACCGUCACCGACAACGACUAUUCGGACGACGAAGAACGUUACUCGUUCCGGGGUCCCCCAUCGGCGCACGGUGCAUCGCGCUCCAGCCUGCCGCUUUCGACGAGGCAAGGCAGGGACUCGGAGCGUGGCCCUGCCAGCGCCGGCCCAAGCGCACGUCCUCGCCUUGAUUGUGAUGCAGCUGCGCGAUAACCUCGUGCAGGUGACCGACUGGCACGAACCUUGUUCGCUUUGCCACCACACUGUUGUACACAAGAUGAUAUUGUCUUCUGGUUAUAUAUACACGUAUCACAAGUGACAAUAUGU